AUGCAGUAUCACUUGUGGGGCUUUGGAAUACUCAACGAUCUGAUUAAUGGUAGAGAAUGGUCCGUUAGUGGAAAUUUCCCAAGGGUUACUUUUUGUGAUGUGGUAAUUCGUGAAAUCGGUAAUACGAAUCGGAAAACUGUUCAAUGUGUUCUAAUGAUAAAUGUGUUCAAUGAGAAAAUAUUCCUUUCCUUAUGGUUCUGGCUGAUGGCUUUGGGCCUUUUAACAAUUAUUAAUUUAGCUUACUGGACAAUAAUAACUUUUGUUCCCAUCUGUUCUAGAAACUUCGUGUCAUGUUAUUUGACUUUUCACAACAUUGAACCAUCAGAAGAAGAGCUUGAUUAUUUCCUAUAUAAUUCAGCUGGAAAGGAUGCAAUUACGGCACUGCAUUUGGUGAGCGAUAAUGCUGGCGAAAUGGUAGCAGCUGACCUAUUUGCAGCACUAUGGUGUAUUUGCCGGGAACGCGAGAAUAGAAACAAAUUUGAGGUUAGAUAA